CAAUGCUACUAGCACCCAGAUGUGACCUAUCUGUUAACCCUAAAUCCAGUCCCUCUGUUCUCAGAGGUGACAGGCCACACUGCUGGCUGGCCACCCACAUGCAAUGCAAACAUUCCCACUUCUUCCCCUGCCAUCCCAUCUGCUGGAUGCAGUUAAAUAUUCACCAGGUUCCUGUGCGGCAUCUCAGCAGUGUUCCCUAUGACUCUCUUGAGCGGACUCAGCCCUCAUGCACUAGGCUGACUGCAUGCACCACUCUGGAAGAUGAAUCUUGACCCCCACAACACUGCUGAGAAGUUUGCUGGAAGCCUUUCCAUGCAUUCACCAACACAGGGCAGGGAUCUGAGCUGAUUAGGACCAACUCCUCCUUCCCUGCAUGUGCAGCCUUGUGUGUGUUCACAAACAGAAGCAUCUCUCAAAGGGCAGGUGAUUUCCUUAUUCCUCUUUGCUUCUCCAGACAUCUCCCAUCAGGAGCUUCAGGGAAGCCACAACCUCUUUGUGCAGAAAGGAGCACUUUGCCCCUCAGGAUGGUGCUGAGGCUCUGCUGCUUCACCACACCUCCUUGGAGCUGUGCCUGCUGAGUGCCAGGAUCACAGAGUGCUCCCAACACGUGUCGUCCUCCCCCCAGCCAUGUGGGCACCCGCCUAUGAUUGACACCCGAAUGUCACCUGGUGGCAGGGUAUAUCUAGAGGAGACAGGACAUCUUCAGACACUUUCUACACAGGCUGGAGGACUGGAGUUGAAUGAUUUUCAAGAGGAGCCCUUGGCACUCCAGAGGAAUCUGAGAGAGGCACGUGCCUGGCACACACAGCAGCCCAGAAAUGAGUGAGAACCCAACCACCAACCUCAACACUGGAGAUGCUCCAACUGGUCCCACCACACCACGCAAGGGGCCUCCCAAGUUCAAGCAGAGACAGACAAGGCAAUUCAAGAGUAAGCCACCUAAAAAAGGAGUAAAAGGGUUUGGAGACGACAUCCCAGGCAUGGAGGGACUUGGCACAGAUAUCACAGUGAUUUGCCCAUGGGAAGCUUUCAGCCAUCUGGAACUGCACGAGCUGGCCCAGUUUGGGAUCAUCUAAGGUGCCAGUAUCUCUAAUGGUGUCACCUGGUGAAUCCACCAAUCCCAGCAGGUCUUCAUCACCUUUGAAACUUAUUUUUGGCCCUUACAUUCACUUAUUCACGGACAGAGGGAUUUUGUAAGAGCUAGUUAUGAGAAAGUCCUUUGCAGAUUAAUUUGGCAAAGAAGUUAUUCGGAUCCCUGAAAAGACCUCAUGCUCCAUGUGAUGAAACUACUCAAAAAUGUCUUAAUGCCCCCCUGUACCAUAAUCUGUUUUCUCCCACUGUUGUAGCUCUUUAUGUUUAUGGAGAUACAGGGAGGCUGUAUUUGAACUUUUCCCCUAUCAGCUGAGAUACUGUGUGCAUGGGUGUGCAUGUAUAUCCAGACCUAUUUAUAUCAAGCCUGUUCUGUUUGUUUCCUUCCCUCCCUGAAAGUUUUCUAUGUAGAAUUUACCUGGCUAUAUCCCCAUGUUAUCUGGGCCACCAAUUAUUUGCUGAGAGUAUAUUUGUAGAGGACAGAAGUAGAGUCCCCAGUCCGAUUAUUAGGCUAUUUUUCCAUAGGAAAACCUUCCCCAGGGGUUCAUUAUAAGGAAUUGGCUGCUAAGAUUUACCUCAUGAGCAAAGGGAAAUGUAGAUGUCUCUGCUGUACUGCCUACAGUUAUAAGCCAUUCCGUCCGAAUA